GUAAAAAGAAAGCUACUUCGUGUAUAACCAAUUAACUAACUAUAAAUCCCUUAGUCCACUAGAAGAUUCAAUUCAAGAACGAGUAGAAGAUUCGAGUUUGAAGCUGUAAUCAGAGUUUUUCAUCGAAAUGGAACCAUUCCCGCAAAGACAAUUGUUUGGUGGAGCAAUUUCUACUACUUUCCCACUUAGGUUUGAGGAUGUGAGCAACGUUCGUGAAGUUCCUGAUCACCAGGAGGUGUUUGUGGACCCCGCACGCGAUGAGAGCCUGAUAAUCGAGCUUUUAGAAAUGAAGCAUGACGUGCCAGACGAUGGAAGUGCUACUUGGUUUCUACAAGAUCUCGCUAGUGAACAAGGCGCCGAGGGCAACAUCGUGACCGAACAGUCAGCGGUAUUCGAGGCGCAGGGAUUGGGCUACGGAAACUCGCCUUCUGUCAUAACAACUGCAGCUGCCCAAAUGGCUAUCUCCAAGGGACGUCAAGGAAGGGAAGCUCAAAAUCUUGUAAAGGUCUAUUUGGCAAAUUUGCGACUCAAAGGAGUUCAAACAGAUGUACUCAUCACUGCAUAUGAGCCUGUUUUCAUAAGCCCUUCAAGUGAAAGCGCACGAUCAGUUGGCGCUGGUUUAACCGUGCCUGCUGCAGAUACGGGACGGACCCCGAUGGCUGAUGUUUUCAAACAGGUAGUUGCAACAUUUAGAAUCAAUGAUUGGAACCUGUUUGGUGCUGCUGCUGUUUGAGAAACUAAUUUAUUUUGGUGGUUCUUGAAUAUGGUUUUUUUUUUUUUUUUUUUUUUUUUUUUUUUUUUUUUUUUUCGGAUAAAUUUCCACACAAUCAUAGUUUUAUGCACGGGUUGUGAAAUGGUGUUCUUGCGCAAGCUUAGAUGCGAAACCUUUUGAACCAAGUUGGUUUAGUUAAUUUACGGCAAAAUUACAUCAUCAA